AUGAAAAUUGAUGAAUUACCAGUUGAUAUAUGGCAUAAUAUUAUAAGUAUAGGAGUAAAGGACUUACAAAUCUUAACACUCACUGACAUUUUGAGCUUAUCUGAAGUAAAUAGACUUCUUUACGGUGUAUUGCAUCAUAAUAUUAUCUGGUAUGAUAUUUUUCGUUGGUAUUACUUUGAUUUGAUUACCCAGUAUAAUAUAAUUGAUGAUGAUCCAAACCUGGAAGAACACGAGAAAACUAUAGGCUAUUGUUCAAACGUACCAUAUUUUGAGCGGACUAUGACAUUUUAUCACAAGGAUAUGAAAUUCAGACUUUACAUGGAAAAGUACAAACCCCGAGAACAAGUUUAUAAUAUUGCAUUUUUCUUGGACAGUUUCAAUGACUUUGAUUAUAUUCCUAUAAUCAAGAAUUAUGAAAAAGAUCAAAGAAAGCGAUGUUAUAAUGAUCUGGUUUUCGAUAUCACCAAAAGAUCGCUUGCCUGUAAUUUGUUGAAUACUUACAGCUUCAGGCUCGGGAUAAAAUAUUUUAAUAGGUUGAUUAGCGAAGAUAUAAAGGAUUCUUCUCCUGGAGCCUUUGAAUGGUUCUGGUUCAAAAUAAACGGCUUCGACAAAGCCUUUUCUGAUAUGAUUUUUUCCAGGCUGCUGAAAUUGACAGAGAUUCAUGCAUUAUUAUACAAGGAGAUUUAUUUAGAAAUCCUCCAGCAUAGAUCAUGGGGAGAAAAAGUAAGUUUAAUUCAAAUUGACGAAUCAUCAAAAGGAACAAUAGUUUUUCAAGACAAUAAGAUAUUUGGAGAGCUAAUGUGGUAUAUCAUUAGACUAAUUUUAUCUAAGCUUGGUCGUAAAUGCAAAUUUUAUUCGCCCGAAGAAUAUUUCGAAUACUCAGAGACGUAUUGUUUAGAAGAUUUCAGUAUCUUGAGAAUUUAUAAUGAAAAUGUCAAGGGUCAUCAUAUCCUAGUUUAUUCGAUUCUUAUGAAGAUACUUCACGAUUUUUUAUUAUCAAAAUACAAUUUCAAAAUAGGUGCUCAGAAUUCGUAUGGGACCAUAUCAAUCAAUUUUAGUAACACAUUCUUCAUGAUUAAUAACCACUAUUUUCUUAUACCUAGAGACGCUAAUAAUUCAUACGUUGUUGAACACUACACAUCGAAGCAAGUAAUUCAAUAUUUACGUACUGAAUUCAAUCUAUCAACUCUCACUCAAAUUUCUUACUACCUAAAGCCUUUAUUGUUGAAAGAUAUGUUAGCGUACUUCAUGAAUUUGGAUACGAAAUGUGGUGUAAAACGGUCGUAUGCAAUCAGUCAGCCAGAAACGAGCUUUGUACUUGAUAAUCUGUGGAUCGUUGGAAUGGAAAAGAGGUCUUGUGUGGGGUAUAAAUAUAAGGAAUAUCAAUUUGCUAAAUUCGUUUGCAACUUUUUACAAAUGGAAUACAGGGAAGGUGGGUUUUCCAAAUUUAUGUAUUGUUCGGAGUUUGAAAAAUUUUUCAAUCAAGAAAAUAAUUUCAUAUAUUUCAACUCUGUGAUGGAGGCCAUUGAGCUGAAUCCAUUAAAAAAGAAAAUGUUGGUAGAAUAUUUUAAACUAAAUCUUGACGAUAUGUCUAGAAUUUUUCAAACUAACUUCAAAUUAUUGGAUCCAGUUAAUUCAAAAAUCGCUUUCCAAAGAAUGCAGCCCAAAUUGGAUGCAGAUAAUAAUACACAUAUCAUAAAUGGCGAAAUUUAUAAACGGGGUAUGCUUGUGGGCCAUACCAAAUUCCAUUCCCUUGGUAUUGUGCUCGACAUUAUUAAGUCUAUCAAUUCUAAUGCCACGUACUGCAAAGUCUACACGAGCCAAGGGUACAUAGAAACAUAUUCUACUUCGUCAUUGCGAAAAGUUUCAAGGAAUAUUGUACAUAAAACAGACUCAAUUGCAAAAUUUCUUUUAAAUGUUUGUGGAGUCGAUGUUCUAGGCUUGCUACUUUUUAGUUCAUUUGAGAACGAUUCAAAUAAUUCAAGAUUCUUGCAAAUAGACUAA